AACAAAAAGAAACAGAGUUGGGCCCACCCGGAACUAGCGCCGGAAGCGUGUCCGUGUAGAAAGUGCUCGGAGCAGGGACAGGAAGUGUUCCUAGGCGGAAGUUUCGAGGGGGAAGCUUUAUCGCCUAGGACACUUCCUGGUUCCUAGUAACAAUAGGAAGUGUCCGCGGAACUACGGUAGACUCCUGGCUGGAACCAGUUGUGCCCUGUUACCUCUACCUCCUCCUUUCUCCCCCUUCUUUCCCUCAUCUGCCACACCCGGGGACCCUGGCUGAGUGUGCGUGUGCGUGAGCUCGAGAACCCUCGCACCAGCAACUACUUAGGGCUCGCGGCUGCAGUUAGGGUGAGGGUCCCAGUGCGCAGGCGCGCUCCCGUUCGCGACCUCCAACGGACGCGCCGGCGGCGGGAACCAGAAGGCACUCCUGGGGCGAGGCCUUGGCCCCUGUGCAGAGAAAGAUGCUGCUGCCGCCACCUGUCUGCUCCUUCUGAACCUCCAGGUCCUUCUACCACAUUGCCCCAUGGAGGACAUGCCACUCUCAUUCGGUUGCUCUGACUGUCAGCGUCACUUUCCUAACCUCCCAGAACUGUCACGGCAUCGAGAACUGCUCCAUUCACCUGCUGACCAGAACAGUAAGGAAGCGGAUGGGAUCCCUCACCCCUCUGGCAGGCAGCAGCGUGAGCGUGCCUCCCGUCACCCAGGAAGCCAGGGCCACCUCCAGCGGAGCCACGAGACUGGUCUUUUCCCCUGUACCACCUGUGGCAGGGAUUUUCCUAAUCCCUUGGCCCUCCAGAGCCACAUGAGGACACAUGCUCCUGAGGGCCACCAAAGGCACAGGCCCUCACAUGUCAAGGAAAGCACUCCGCACCGUCGGAGUGAGACAACGUGCUCUGCCUCCUGGGGUCAAAGGCUUGGUUCUGAGGAAGGCUGGGAAAGUCAGACAGAGCAUGUACAAGAGACACGUGAACGCGAGUCUAGAGCUGAUUCCAGGGCAGCUGCGGGUACUUGGGAAGAUCCAUCUCCCAAACGAAGAGAAGGCUUAGAGAUCCAGCCAGAUCCUAAGAGAGUUGCAGAGCACUGGGUACCCACCACCAGUUCUGAUGGCGUGCCACCGCUCCCCACUCCAGCGAGCAACCUCCUUAGCAAUUUGGAGCAGUAUUUAGCUGAAUCAGUAGUGAACUUCACAGGGGCCCAGGAGUCUACUGAGCCUCUUCCCGCUGAGGAGGAGCGAAAAUACAAAUGCGAUCAAUGUGGAAAGACCUAUAAGCAUGCUGGAAGCCUUACCAACCACCGGCAGAGCCACACUGUGGGUAUCUACCCUUGCGCCAUCUGUUUUAAGGAGUUCUCUAACCUCAUGGCUCUGAAGAACCACUCACGACUCCAUGCCCAGUAUCGGCCUUACCACUGUCCCCACUGCCCCCGUGCCUUCCGGCUCCCUCGGGAUCUGCUGGAACAUCAGCAGUCCCAUGAGGGGCUAAAGCAGGAACAGCCAUGGGAAGAGAAAGAGACGCCUACCACAAAUGGACACGCAGAUGAGAGAAGCUGGGAUCAGCUACGUAAAACAGAGAUGCUAAACGGCUCUGGGGGGCUUGGCACUUCCGGGCAGCUGGAGGAUGGUGGCCCAGAGGAGUAUCGGCCUUUCUGUUGCAGGGACUGUGGCCGUACGUACCGGCACGCAGGUAGUCUCAUCAACCAUCGGAAGAGUCACCAAACAGGUAUCUACCCCUGUUCCAUUUGUUCCAAGCAGCUAUUCAAUGCAGCUGCCCUGAAAAACCACGUUCGUGCUCAUCACAGACCCCGGCAGGGACCUGGGGAAGACGGUCAGUCAUCAGUGUCCUCAGCUGCCCUUAUGUUGGCUGAGACUACCUCAAAAGAGGAAGAGGGUCCCACGGCCAACCUGGACCAUCGUCCCUAUAAGUGCAAUGAGUGUGGUCGGGCUUACCGCCACAGGGGGAGCCUGGUGAACCACCGCCACAGCCAUCGGACAGGAGACUACCAGUGUUCGCUCUGUCCUCGAAAAUACCCCAACCUUAUGGCUCUGCGCAACCAUGUGCGGGUGCAUUGCAAGGCCACGCGUCGAGGUGCAGACCCUGGGACUGAAGGUUCGCCUAGCCCUGUCAAGAAGGAACAACCUAACCCAGCAGGAGCAGAAACAGCAUUCCACACAGAUCAGGGGCAUGUGUACAAGAGUGAGGAAGAGGCCACCAGCAUCCCCGCAUCAGCAAAUAGGACAGUGCCACACACAUGUAGCCUUUGUGGGAUGUUCUUUGAAGAUCUCAAGAGUCUUGAACGUCAUGACAUGACCCACAGGGCAGGGGAAGGAGAAAAGAGCCAGAUAGACGGCACAGUGUCACCACCAAGAGCAUUUGCAUGCCGAGACUGUGGGAAGAGCUACCGCCACUCAGGCAGCCUCAUCAACCACAGGCAGACUCACCAGACAGGAGACUUCAGCUGUGGGACCUGUGCCAAGCAUUUCCAUACCAUGGCUGCGAUGAAGAGCCAUUUACGGCGUCAUAGUCGGCAGUGGAACAGGAGGCAUCAGAAGCGAGACAGUGGUACUGGAGCAGAAGCCGCCAAGCUCCCCCCUGCGGGUGCCUGGACCCUGAAGUUGGAAAACAACGAGGCCCUGGAUUCCUCCCAAGAGCCUUUGGGAGAAAGUUGCGGUGGGACUGAAGACGACCUGGAAAGCGAUGGGGACUGUUUGCAAGCUGGACCUAAAGGCAAGGAAUGUGGGCUUAAAAGGGCCAAAGCCUGUUUGCUGGGUGAUACAGAGGGCUCAGGCACUGAGGAAGGACUAGAAAAGAAAGAGGCCUGUUUCCCUGACAACUUGAGCAUCCCAGGUGAUGAGGAAAGCAGUGAGGCUGGCUUCUGUGAUAGCCUCUCUGGGGUGGACAGUGACCAGAAGCCAAGCGGUUGCCAGUCCGACUCCCCUUCCCACCCUGCUAACGCUGACACUGUCGGGAAAGCUGAGGCCACUCACACGUGUUCUGAUUGUGGGGACGCCCUGCCCCAUGCUGCCGGCCUGCUGAGCCAUCGGGCCUGCCAUCCUCUAGGCAUCUAUCAGUGCUCUCUCUGUCCAAAGGAGUUUGAUUCUCUGCCUGCCCUGCGGAGUCACUUCCAGAAACACAGGCCAGGGGAGGCAGCCUCGGCUCAGCCCUUCCUCUGCUGCCUGUGCGGUAUGAUCUUUCCUGGGAGGACUGGCUACAGGCGUCACCUGCGCCAGGUUCACGGCACCUCGGGCAUACCUGAGGGCUCUGAAGAAGAAGGAGAAGAGGAAGGCCCCUCGGGAGCAGCCUCUGGCCGCAGUCCUCCCCUGCAGCUCUCAGAAGCCGAGCUGCUGAACCAGCUGCAGCGGGAGGUGGAGGCUCUGGAUGGAGCAGGCUAUGGGCACAUCUGUGGCUGCUGUGGUCAGACCUAUGAUGACCUAGGGAGCCUGGCACGUCACCACCAAAGUCAGAGUUCCAGCAAUACGACAGAGAACGUUCCUAGCCACUUAGAAGGAUCAGGUGACGCAAUAGAAACGGUUGUAGAUCGUGUCUUUGAGGGCACAGUGACCUCUGUCUCAGAAGAAGCUGAGGACGCCAAGUCUGAUGACGGAGUAGGUGGCACAGACGCAGACAGCCUUUGCAUGCAGGCUGGUGAAAGCUUUCUGGAAUCCCACCCCCGCCCUUUCCAAUGUAACCAGUGUGGCAAGACCUAUCGCCAUGGAGGCAGCCUGGUGAACCACCGCAAGAUCCACCAGACAGGUGACUUCAUCUGCCCUGUCUGUUCUCGCUGCUACCCCAACCUGGCCGCCUACCGGAAUCAUCUGCGGAACCACCCUCGCUGCAAAGGCUCGGAGCCCCAAGUGGGGCCUGUCUCAGAGGUAGGAGGCCACUGUGAACCCCAGAAUGCAACAGAGGCAGAGCGGGAGCAGGCAGUCAUAGGGCAGCUCCCGGAAGACCUGAAAGUGGAGCCCUUGGAGGAGCUGGCAAGGGUGAAGGAAGAAGUGUGGGAGGAGACCACUGUAAAUGAGGAGGAAGUGGAGCAGAGGGUGGAGACGAAAGGCUGUCAGACGGAGGGCAGCUCCGAGCGGCCCUUUAGCUGUGAAGUGUGUGGUCGGACCUACAAGCAUGCCGGCAGCCUCAUCAAUCACCGGCAGAGCCACCAGACUGGCCACUUUGGCUGCCAGGCCUGCUCCAAGGGCUUUUCAAACCUCAUGUCACUUAAGAACCACCGGCGCAUCCAUGCAGACCCUCGACAUUUCUGCUGCAGUGAAUGUGGGAAGGCCUUUCGGCUUCGCAAGCAGCUGGCCAACCACCAGCGGGUCCAUACUGAGCCACGGAGGGGUCGAGACAACCAGAAACUGAGUCGUGAGGACCAGCCUUUCAGGUGUGAGCAGUGCGGCCGGACCUACCGCCAUGCUGGCAGCCUCCUGAACCACCAGUGCAACCAUGAGACAGGCUGCUACAGCUGCCCCUUCUGUCCUGAGACCUAUUCCAACCGCACAGCCCUGAAAGAGCAUCAGAGGCUGCAUUCUGACAGCCAGCGGCGGAAAGCAGGGUGGCCCCAGAGGGCCGCAGCUGUACGUUGUACGCAUUGUGGCCGUGGCUUUCCUGGCCAGGCGUCUCUAGAGCGGCAUCUGCGGGAGCAUGAGGAGGCCGAGCCGGAGCUGGCUUGCGGCCCAGAAGGCCAACACGGUACAGAAGGCAGUAAGGGGAACCUUGAUGAUGGCUGGGGACUGGGGGGCAGCUCAGAUGGUGUUCAGUCAGGACUGCAGCUGGACCGUGAAGCCAAGAGGCCCAGGAAACACGGCCAGAGGCCCAGUGGGCCAGCAGAUCCACAAGUCACAGAAUCUUUCUCUUGGGAGGUGGGAGAGGUAGGUGGGUGUCAGAGAGAGAGGGGACAAAUGAGUCACAAUGGUGCCUGGGUUCCUCAGGGUCAGUUAACCAAGCCAGAAGGCAAGCUGAAAGACGCUGUCUCCAGGAGUCCUUGUCACCUUUCUGAGAGCCAGUCCAACGGUCCUACCGUGUGUUACAGCUGGGAUGGUGGAGACAGCAGCUCUCAGCUCCAACCAGAGAGCCACUCCUAUUGCAGCCAGUGUGGCAAGACCUACAGCCAACCUGAUGGGCUCUCGAACCCCAGCAUUAACAGAAAAGGCUGUCACAGUUGCUCGCUCUGUUCCAAAGAGUUCUUGACUCCUGUGACCACUGAGAUCCACAGCCACACUGGCACCCAGACCUUUGCUUGUAGUCACUGUAGCAAAGUUUUUGAGUCCCACAGUGAACUGGCCAUACACGUGCAGACUCACGUUACAGAGCAGAGCCAGCUGCCAAGUCAGACAGAGGAGACGGGAGAGCCGCGAGCUGGGAUGGUAGAGGUGGGUCUCCCUGGUCCAGGGAAAGCUCAGGAGGCCCCAUCAGAACCUUCUAGAGACCCAGAAGAGAAUGGAGAGCCAGCUAAUGGAGAACAAGGAGUAAAUUUCACAGCAGCUAAAGACAAGGAACGUCCCUUUUGCUGUGCCCAGUGUGGGCGUUCCUACCGCCAUGCUGGUAGCCUGCUGAAUCACCAGAAGGCCCACACCACUGGACUCUACCCUUGUUCCCUGUGUCCCAAACUUCUGCCCAACCUGCUGUCUCUCAAGAACCACAGCAGGACCCACACGGACCCCAAGCGCUACAGCUGCAACAUCUGCGGCAAGGCUUUCCGAACCGCUGCCCGCCUGCAGGGCCAUGGGCGGGUCCAUGCGGCCCAGGAGGGACCAUUCACCUGUUCUCGUUGUCCUCGCCACUUCCGCCACCGAAUCAGCUUGCUGCGACACCGGCAACAACACCAGGAGGAGUGUACAGUGUCUAGCUCAGGAGCUUCCGUGGCACCGGCAACAAGCAGAGGGGACUCAUGUACAGCGUCCCUCCUGGACCCCUCACCCCAGUGGCCUGCAGACCUCAACUUCUCCCUCUGAACUGCGUCUCCAGAGGACUGCUCGCUGAAGCUGCGGUGCAGGCGAGAGAGGCUCGCUCUCCACGUUUCGCUCAGGAGUUGCUUGGGCAUCCCCUCCUCUGCUUCCCGUGAAGACCACCGGGUCUGGUUUCUUUGUCAGGAAAGGCAUGAGGUAGUCUUCAUGUCUGUGCCGUGAAGGAUUUCCUCCACAAGCCUUUGUCACCGCGUUCUUCCAGGGCCAGCCUCUGCCAAAGCGCUGGGGUGGCCAGAUUCUAACCCAGGGAGAGGCAGAUGAGAGAGUGCCACAGGUGGAUAGCUGCCUGUGGAAGGGGGGCCUUUUACUAUAGUUUGUAACUUAUUUUCUAAAAUCUAUUUUGUAACAAUUUAUUUAAGUUCUAAAAAAGGAAAAUUGCUCCCCACCCCCCCAAAAAACAACUUUUUUUUUUCACAACAGCUGCUGGUGUGGUUGUAUCUGCAGGAUUGGCUAGGGAAUACUGGAGACAUCUCUGUUGGAAAGCAGCAGAGCUUGGGGGUGGGGUCGUGGCCACACAUGGAAAGCGUCUCUGGG